CUAAUUUCUCUAGCUACUUGCACAGUUUUUCCUUAUGGACAGGGGGGUGACACUGUCCUCGAGCCGUAUAGACCGGUGCCAGCUCAGACGCGAUCACAUCUACACCUGGCGCAAGAGCGCUCUUAAUGUGUACUCUCAUCAUGGAAUCUACGAGAGCGACAGCAAGGUCAUCCACUUCACCAUGUCUUGCUCACCUACGCAAACUUGCUGGGACUGCGCUCAAGCUAAUCGUAAAGGCGGCGUCAUCAUCACCUGCCUUGACUGCUUCCUGGGAACGGGAGAUAUUUGCCUCUUCGCCUACUCAGUGCCCUUGUGGUUCCAUGCCAUGGCCAAUCCGGGUAUUCAAGUGACCUGCUCCAUGGAACCUCAAGACCCCCCCGAGACGGUCUUGCACCGCGCCAACAAGCUGCUCGCCGACGGCUUCGGCAUGCACUUUGCCCUCUACUGCAAGACAGGGCACCAUACUAAACAAUCAGUGAUAAAGCUUCAUCCGGCGCCGGCAAUUCUAGGGAUAAAUUAUCCGUCUAGACCGCUUGGAAAGGCAGUGGCAACGUUUGCACUAACGGCAAGCCUAAUAAAGUCGUUCGGAAAACAUCAUUAGUGGCGCACUCACAGGAUGAUUGCUGUGGCCGGAAGACUACCACCACAGAU